AUGUUUUACUCGGAGACCCUCUUGUCCAAGACGGGGCCGCUGGCCCGCGUCUGGCUGUCGGCCAACAUUGAGCGCAAACUGUCCAAGUCGCACAUUCUCCAGUCCGACAUUGAGAGCAGUGUCAGUGCCAUCGUUGAUCAGGGCCAGGCGCCCAUGGCUCUGCGUCUGAGCGGUCAACUGUUGCUAGGUGUCGUCCGUAUCUACAGUCGGAAAGCGCGUUACCUCCUCGACGACUGCAACGAAGCCUUGAUGAAAAUCAAGAUGGCUUUCCGCUUAACAAAUAACAAUGACUUGACGAGUACCGUCGUCGCGCCGGGUGGCAUUACUCUUCCCGACGUUCUCACCGAGUCUGACCUGUUUACGAAUCUCGAUACGUCUCUGCUGUUUCCCUCGAAUCUGAACCUUGAGUCAUCUGGGGGCAAGCGCCCCGGCGAGCUGGACUUUGGAAGCCAGUUUCUUCCCGACAGCACUUUCCGACGGUCUGUCUCUCAGGAGCCUCUGCGACUUGAAGACCCCUCUCUAGUUGAUCUUGACAUCGGCGACGAUGAUACGACCAUCGAAGUUGGUCGUGACGCGCCACCAGCGCGCCCCAUGGAAGAAGAUAUGAUCAGUGAUGCUGGGAAGCUCAACGACGACGUUAACCUGGAAUUGGACAUUGGCGAUGAUGAUGCUCAGUCAGACAAGAUGAAUUUGGAUUAUGAUGGUCCUCAUGACAACUUGAACGACCUGGGCCUGGACUUUGACAACGACGACGGUUUCGGCGCCCUGACUCCUCGUGCGGAAGAGAAUCGAUUCCAUCGUGACUCCGGGAGCCCGCUCUCGGAUGCCGGAUCGGCGCAGAUGCACCAACUCGAAGAAGAGAUGAACCAAGAAGAGCACGCUGCUCAGCAUGGCCAGCGUGUUAAACGCCAAAGGCUCAUGGAAAUGGAUAAGGAACCCACCAUGUCCUCCAACGAGGUCAAGGCGCUCCAGAAAGAUCGUUCCCAGAUUCUGAAGCCGGCCACGUUUCUGCCCCGCGAUCCUGUUUUGCUCACGUUGAUGACUCGGCAACAGAACGGUGACUUCGUGUCGAGCGUCUUUGGCGAGGGGCGUGGUCGUGGCUGGGCUCCCGAACUUCGUGGACUGCUGUCGUUGGACUCUGUCAAGAAGGCUGGCGAACUCAAGCGGAAGCGCGACAGCGGUAUCUCCGACAUGGACGUGGCUGCCGACGUGCCGGCCUUGGAGUUUGGCGAUGAAGAAGCGAUUGUGGCGGUGGACGAAGGGAUUGGUCUCGAUACCACUCUGCCGCAGUCGGAGAUUGAGUUCCCUGGCGACGAGGAGAAUCAGGAACUGCAUAUGAGCGACGACGAUGGCAUCCAACAGCCGCUGGAUGACUUUGAUCCUGCACGUCCCCUGGACAGCGGUCCCGUCUCGAUGGGCACCCAGCACGCCGUGCACAUCCUGCGAGAGCGCCUGGGUGAGCCGGAGCAGAAGAAGAGCGUUCUGUUCCAGGACCUGCUGCCGGAGAAGCGAGCCAGCAAAGCGGAUGCGACCAAGAUGUUCUUCGAAGUCUUGGUGCUCGCCACGAAAGAUGCGGUCCAGGCCGAGCAAGGUUCCAAGUCCAUUGGCGGCCCCCUCAAGAUCCGCGGCAAGCCCGCACUGUGGGGAUCUUGGGCGGAGGAGAAUGCCGAUGGCGUCCCGGCUAGCCAGCUGGUGCAGGCGCUGUAG